AUGCCAGCCUCAUACCACCUAUACGGCGACCCCAACUCACUUCGCGCUGUUAUCUGCCUAAGGUAUCUGGGCCUCAGCUCAAACCGCGUGUCGUUCACAUCGACGAGCCAGCCAGCUGAGUACGAAGGACCGACGAUGGGUCAUCCCCUCCUUACAGACGAGGUCCAUAAGAUAGAUGUUGCGAUGGCCGAGGACGCUGAUAAGUUCAUUCCAAUCAAGUACCACCUCAACAAGGACAUCUUCCCCAAGGGACACGGCGAAUUCGAGACCAUGUGUGGCAUUGAGAGCUACGACUUCGACCCGAUCGCCAGGGACCUCUUGAAGGAAGCCCGCGCCAAGGCCGACGGCAAGGGACAUGACUCGAAGCGGUACGCCGAGCUGCAGAACAGCAUGAAGAAAGUCCUCACUUUCUACGACAGUGUUCUGGCCAACAAGAAGUAUCUCGUCAAGGACGAUAUCAUGUUGGUUGAUCUGUUCCAUCUCCCCGUUAUUCGGGCCCUGAAGAAGGAUCUCCCCAACGUCGCCAAGUGGUGGAAGAGUCUCGACGACAUUUCCCUUAGUACCGAAAUCACAUAUGAGUUGUAA